AUGACGGAGUUUCCAAUUCUUGCUAGCGCUGCUUUCAGCCGUCUUACAACUCCAGCCACUUCUGUCGAUUGCCAACGAGUGCUGAGUUUGGUAUCGGAGUCCCCUGGCAUUAGUGAUUACCAUAAUCAAUUACGGAAAACCGAUCGUUUACUGCUAAUGCUAAAGGCACAUCUACACAAGGACCUUAUAAAUGCUGUAAACAAUGAAAGAUCGUUAGACGAAAUGCCUUUCAGAGAAUGCAAAGCCUGGUCGAACUCUGAGCUACAAAAUUACGGCUGUUGUGAAACAUCUGCUGCUGACGAUUAUGACCUCGAAGAGGAUCCUAACUGGUCGAUGUUCAAGUCAGACGAAGAAAAGACUAUAGCUGAUGUAGUUGAACCGUUGCUAUCGUUUGCGGAAGAAGAUGAUUUUGAUAACAUGAAAAACAGGCAAUAG